AUGAGCAAGGCUAAAGUCGGGAUCAAUGGCUUUGGCCGAAUUGGACGUCUUGUUUUGCGUGCAGCUAUGUGCAAAGGCACAAUCGAUGUCGUAGCAGUCAAUGAUCCCUUCAUUGAAUUGAAAUAUAUGGUUUACAUGUUUAAAUAUGACUCAACCCACGGCCCAUUCACCGGAGACGUCUCAAUGAGCGAUGGAAAGCUCGUGAUCAAUGGACAUCGAAUUUCUGUUUAUAAGGAGCUUAACGCCGAAGCUAUCCCAUGGGACAAGGACGGUGCAUACUACGUAGUGGAAUCGACUGGUAUAAACACGACUGUAGACAAGGCUUCGGUAUGUUUCUGUUUUCAAAACCUAUCUUGUAGGUUCACCUGAAAAAUAAUAGAGCGAAAAAAGUCAUUAUAAGUGCUCCGUCAUCUGACGCUCCUAUGUUUGUUUGUGGUGUCAAUUUGGAAAAGUACGACCCAUCGAUGACCGUCGUUUCAAACGCCUCCUGCACAACAAACUGCCUUGCUCCCUUAGCGAAAGUGAUUCAUGAGAACUUCGGAAUGGUUGAGGGCUUGAUGACGACAAUCCAUUCAUAUACUGCUACCCAGAAAAUUGUCGAUGGACCUAACGCCAAAGGCUGGCGUGACGGCAGAGGUGCCGCCCAAAAUAUAAUUCCUGCAGCGACCGGUGCAGCAAAGGCAGUUGGAAAGGUUAUUCCUGAACUGAAUGGAAAACUCACUGGAAUGGCCUUCCGUGUACCAUGUCCGGAUGUUUCCGUCGUGGACUUAACGUGCAAACUAGCAAAACCUGCCACUUAUGACCAAAUUAAAGAGGCUGUUAAGGCUGCAUCUCAAAGUCCUGGCCUAAAAGGAAUUCUUGCAUAUACAGACGAUGAGGUAGUGAGCAUGGAUUUCCGAACAAGCACAGCCUCUUCCACGUUCGAUGCAAAGGCCGGUCUCUCAUUAAAUGACACCUUCUGCAAACUGAUCUCUUGGUACGACAAUGAAUAUGGUUACAGUUGUCGUGUGGUCGAUCUUAUAGUUCACAUGUUCUCCAAGGACAACUAG